UGCUGCAAUGCUAAACAACAUCACUCUCAAUAUUAGAACUUGCGCAAGAAUGCGUAAAGCAAGACCGGGCAGCAGUCGUGCGCCGACGGAGCAUGGCCGCAACAUCUACGCCUACUGCCACGUGCGAACAAAUCAGGUGGUCUACUCGUUGUCCCAGACGCUCAACUCGAAUGCCACAAUAAAACAGCUGCCAGACACCGGCGCCAACAACACCCCGAACACAACGCGCAAGGACCUCUGGAAGCCACUCUACACCCUCACCGUACCCUCUUCAGCACAGGGCUUAUCCACCUUCCGACAGCUGCGCGAAUAUAGGAAACUACACGAGCUGAACUGGGAGCCUCCGCUAUCCUUGUCGGAGCCUUACAGCGAUGCCGAGAUUUACGAGAUGAAACAGAAGUUGGCCGAGCGGGGCGGCAACAAGAAGGAGAGUGUGUAUGAUAUCAUUAAAAGGCGGAAACAAAGACAGAGAGAGCGGAUUGUGAUGGAUCAGAAGGCGAACAGUGUCGCCGACGUUGCAGCGAUCUUGUUUAAGCAGGCGGAGCUAGGUGCUAAAACGGCGGAGGAGAGGGAGAGGAUGUUGCGGGGAGAAAGGGAGAAGGAGGUCAAGGUCAUGCUAGAGUUGGCGGAUCAGGCGAGUAAAGGGGGCUUGCAAAAGUUAGACGAGCAGAUUGCGGCGGUAAAGCAGAGGUUGAAGGAUGGUGAGGGGCUGGAAGAGGCAGGAAGCAAGCGUCAAUUCAGAAGGGAGCUUUACAAUCUCAAUGCAAGACGGUUACGCAUGGUGUUCGCUUCUAAUGCUGUGCAAGAGGCGAGGAUAGAUGGGCCAGAGCGGUUACGUACUGCGCGAAUGGAGUCUGCGGUCGCUACAGAUUCGCCCGAAGAAAUGGUCACGCCGGGCAGACGGAGCGGCAACACCACUGUAUCUGGUGAUACGACCACAGGAUCUGAGAAAGCAGCGCAGGCGGAUGGCGGGGUGGCAGAACUGGACUGGAUACAGGUAUUGCCGUCCUUUCCGCCGCGUAAUCCAGAGAACAUGCCCAAACGUGGAGCAAUGAGGCGUAGACUUGAACGCCUGGACACCCCCAUCUUCAGCACCGAGGGUGUCACGAUGCGAUGGAACAACCUUCUUGACGCCGAAUACGCUGAAGCCUGGCCGGACAACAUUGCGCACGAAGCGAUGGGGUGGACUCGUAACGUUGCCCCUCGGCCGGAUGCACAACCUAUUUCAGACGUAGCUGUCUUCACAGAAAGUCGAUGGAAUCGCAAGGGCCGCAAAAUGUUGUCGACGCCGAGUGGCUCGUCUGAAGAUGCGAUGGUGGGAGAUGAAGAGUAUGCUCGAAAGCGUAAGGAGGAGGUGGAUGGGGAGAGUAAGAUGCGGCUAGCGGAGGAAAAAACAAGAAAGGCGGUUGUGGAUGGUGUCAAGAGUAAGAUCCUGGCGCGGGUGAGGGAGAAAGAGGAGGAGAGACAGAGGGAGAGACAGGAAAGAAUUGCCGAAGAGGUUGCGAGGAUGAGAGGAAUGAGGUUGCAGAGGCGACAGCAAAAUGCUUAGAAUGUGUAGUAUUGUAUCCGUAUCAUAAUUGCCGUCCUAUGGUCACGUGGCAGCGAG